UUUUCCUCUAAUAUUGUUGUACCUGGACUAGAUGCUGACGGUUUUCCUCCCGUUGGGGCUCUCCUGAACCCGGGACUGAGUCCCCUUUACGCCUACACGCAAGUGACAACUAAACGUUUAACUGUGGUCAAGUACGAGGGUGGCGAGCAGAUUGCAUACGUUGACUCUAUCUCACUUAACGGCUCAUGGUAUCAGGUGUGCCGAGUCUUCCUUGACAGCGAUAGACUAUCUUUAAAAAUAACUUCCUACAGCCUCAUUCUGGACCUUGGCUUAGAUGUUGUGAUGGUGCUUCUAUGUCCGGAUGAGGUUAUCUAA